AUGACGUCUUCAUCGUCUUUACCGCCGUUGACAACUGCCGUGGUACCGAUAGCGAAUGUCGAAACAAAUACUGAUAAUAAUAAACAAUAUUUAUGUUUAUUUUCACUUAUUACGGCUGGAUUAUUAGACGAAGAUAUGGGUUCCGAUGAACAGGAAAUUAUUGAAAUGAUUUAUCUUAUUAUUGAUACAGAUCAAAGAAAGAUGGUGACUUUAUAUCGUCAAUAUAUACGACCAUCAUUUAUAGAAAAUUUGAAUGAUGAAUGUAAACAAGCAAGUGGAAUUGAUGAAACAUUAUUAUUUUUAUCAGAACUUGAUCUUAAUGAAGCAUUGAAAAAAUUUGAUACAUUCUUGCGUGAUCGUUAUUUACAUCCAGACUUUGGUGUUAAUUUAACAUUUGUUUGUGAGAAUUGUCUUCAAUUACGUCAAUGUCUUCAUCCAGAAAGUGUUAAAAAAUCAAUAAUAUCAUUAUCAAGUUAUUAUUGGUCUUAUUUUGAUUUAAGACAUGAAUUUCAACAUAUGUAUAAAACGACUGAACGUUACAAUUUAAAUGCUAUGCUUGAAAAUUUGUCAAUUUCUCCAAUAAAUGAAAUUGACUAUUGUAUGCGACAUCUUAAACAUAUGGAAUUAAUUGUUUAUCAAAUGUUGAAUGAUGGUCAUCGUUUCGAGAAACCUGAACAGAUCAUGGUUAACUUACAGCAAGGCAUAUGUUCAUUAGAAGAUAAUAUUGAAGAAAGUACAGUCGUUCGAGCACGUGGUUUACCAUGGCAAUGUACUGAUCAAGAUGUAGCCAAAUUUUUUCGAGGUCUUGAUAUAGAAAAGGGUGGUGUUGCAUUAUGUCUUAGUAGUCAAGGUCGUCGUAAUGGUGAAGCAUUAGUUCGUUUUGUAUCAACUGAACAUCGAGAAUUAGCUCUUCGUCGACAUAAACAUCAUAUUGGACAACGUUAUAUUGAAGUAUAUAAAGCUUCAGGGCGAGAUUUUCUCAAUAUUGCUGGAGGAUCCAAUUCAGAAGCUCAAGCGUUUUUACAACGCGAUGGUCAAAUUAUUAUUCGUAUGCGUGGUUUACCAUUUGAUGCUACUGCUAAAGAUGUGAUAAAUCGAGUCAAUCAUGAAAUAGAAAACACAGGUAUUGCAGAAAUAAAUCAACAUAAGCGUUCUAUUAUCGAAUUUUUUACUCGUGGCGAUAUACCAACACAUGUUGUUGAUGGUGAAGAAGGUGUUCUAUUUGUUCAUUAUCCUGAUGGACGAAGUACAGGUGAUGCUUUUGUUAUGCUCAAAACAGAAAAUGAAGCAGCACAAGCAUUACUUAAACAUAAAGAUAUUAUGGGUACACGAUAUAUUGAACUAUUUCGUAGUACAACAGCUGAAGUACAACAGGUAUUUCGUCGAAGUCAAGAUCCGAAAAAUUUUCAAACAUCAUUAAAAGAUAUACCAUUUGCACCAUUACCUAUGUUACCACCAGAAAUGUUAAGCGGUGGAAAUAAAAAAGAUUGUAUUCGUGUUCGAAAUUUACCUGUAGAAUGUGGUAUUGAACAAAUACUUGAAUUUCUUGGAGUUCAUUCACAACAUAUUGUAGCACAAGGUGUUCAUAUGGUUUAUAAUGCACAUGGUCAACCAUCAGGUGAAGCAUUUAUACAAAUGAAUUCGGAAGCAGCUUCAUUCAAUGCAGCAGCACAUAAAAAUAAUAAAUAUUUAUUUUUUAAUGGUAAAAAAAGAUAUAUUGAAGUAAUUCAAUGUUCAGGUGAAGAUAUGAAUCAUAUUUUACUUGGUCUUGUUCCAUCAAAUUUAAUUCCACCUAAUGUUCAACGUCAACCAAUGUUUUCUCAUCAUCGAGCCGCACCACUCGUACCAAUUUCUACUAUGCCACCACAAAUGCUUCCACCAACAAUGCCUAUUUCUCUUGCUACUCCAUCUCAAUCAACAACUGUAUCUAAUACUUCUCUUUCAGCAUGUCAACCUUCAACUUCAUCUGCUUCGGCCCUUACUACUCCAAUAACAACAGCUGCUAUGAAUGGACUUCAUCCGAAUGCAACUUAUUAUCCUAUGCAAGUUUUCUACUAUCCUACACCACCCCUAUCUCCAUCAAUCUAUUUACAAACUGGACAAAUGCAUCCAGGACCUGUUACACUUGUGUUACGAGGAGAUAAUGGCCAAUACUAA